AUGUCCUACGAAUCUCCUCUGAAAGGCUAUGAGACCGCUGAGCCUCUUCCGAAUACCAUCAAUCCUGAUGGCAAAUCGUUAUAUAACCCUCCAGGUCCUCUCUCAGCUGCAUAUGACCAGUUCCCCGCUCCGAUCGAUCUUUCGAACAAUGGGUUCGACUUUCAUAUAUAUUACAUGCAGAGCGUCACAGCUCAGCUAGAGUAUGCUAGGGAGUUGCAUGAGCGAGUGAGAAGAGAGUUUCCUGAGCUUCGCAUCUACAAGUUUUGGGAAAAACCAGUCGGUAUGUGCUCUACUCCAUGGAUAUGCCUCCUUCCAUUCGUUACGCGAUACCCUGAACUUUUCGUUCGUCAAGGCCCUCAUCCUACGGCCAUGUUUGAAGUCAACACGUUCAACCCUCAUCAAACCGGUGCUUUCUUCUCGUGGCUGACAGUCAAUCGUGGACCGUGCUCCGUUCUGAUCCACCCGAAUACGGGCGACGCGUACAAGGACCAUACGGAGCUCAUGACCUGGAUUGGGAAACCUUGGCCGCUACUCGCCGAUAUGCUCAAGCCGCAUUGA